UGCCAUAUUCAUUUUUUCAUUUAUUUCAGUAUUUCUUUCUCUUUGAGACAAAAUAAUCAAAAACAAGCCAGUUGCUAAUUAGAAACAGGAUUACAGGAUAAUGUUUUAAGGUUAUUAUAAUGAAUAUGCAGUAUAUUAGUUUCACUGCUCUACUAUGUAGGCAGUCACCUAUAUCACAUUACAAUAAAACCAAGGCAAGGGCGGAUGGAUAAAGAUGGGCUUCCAGCACUUCUGUCCACAAUGCUCAUAUUAAUAUCCAGUAUAUAUGGCAGGAAACAAUGUAGCUUUUAUCAAUGGGAGGUAAAAUGUCUCACGCACAAUAGCACCCUAAACUCAUAAAAUGAGGAAAAACAGCACAGUCAGCCUUAUUUUUUGAAUCGCAAUCAAGAAGGAUGGCAGAAACCAUGCUGUGCGCUCUCUCCCCUUCAUUAGAGGACACAAGGGCCGAUGAUUGUAAUGCAUUGGGAUAUUCAGAGUAUAAUGUUUGUUGAAAACAUGCUGUGUUUGGAGGUUCAGUGCAUUUUUUUGCAUAAAAUUUAGCCCCACAAUUUAGUGUUUCUCAUUGCCUGAGGGAAUGUCCUACAGGAUUCCAAAUUAAAUUAAUAAAUCAAUUUUUUCAGCAUGGCACUUGACCGUAUUUAAGGAUCUUAACACAGAACGAGUGCCACUGUGUUUUUCCCUAAAUAUAUCCAGUAAACUUCAGCCAGCGAAGCCUUCAAUGAAGUGUUCAGUUGAACAGAUUUUGUAUGAAUUGUUUAUCAGUGCAUUUUAAUUCAUUUCAUUCAGUGCCUCAAACUUUUUCAUAUUCGAAUCAGUUAUUUUUCACUGUGAUCAUGCCAGCAGAGUCGGAGUUGGUAUUGCUCUAGUUUUUGUUGAUCACACUGCACUUGAGAUACCUGUUCACUCCAUGGCCUUGAGGAAGAAGGUUCUUGUGUUGCUAUAUUUGGCGAGCGGCUUGCAAUUUUGUUAUAAUGCAUUUAUUUCUGCCUACUUUUUAAAAAAGAUUUGUAUCUGAUAGUUUUUUGAGUGUGAAUUCUGUUGAGAUUUUGACAGCAGCUCUUCACAUUUUUUUUUCGACAUUUGUGCAGAGAUCUGCUUUUCUUUAACUGAUUUUUUUGUUGCUGAUGAGUUCAGAACACUAGAGAAUAAUCUGCAGUAUAUCUCGCGAUGUGUCUUACAUUUCAAUCAUCAGUCAAGCAAAGCAAUUUUAGUCUCUCAAAGCAAGUCCUUUAUUAGUCCACACCGGUUGGAUCUGUAUCCUCUGCCAUCAUGUAUAGUGAAUAAGCUUGGCUCUGAGGUUUGAGGAGGACAGAUUUCUUUCUUUAUUUCUGUUUACAGAGCGAUCACUAAUUUGUUCUCAAAAAUGGAAAAAAAAAUCCAGUGCCUUUUUGUUCAUUCAUUUUUUUUAUUUUUUAUUUUUUUCCCUCAAUUGUAAUACCAGGUUGUGUCAGAGUCAAACUAUCAGUGUGUCUUUUGAUGCCGCAGCUUUCAGAACACCUGCAAUUUUAUGUUUUUGUAUCAUAUUAUUAUUUCCUCUUUGAUGUGAAUUAUAAUUCCAGCCUUUAAAAAAAAAAAAGUACACUGUGUAUCUUUAAAUGAAACUUUUCGGGAUGGAAAAGGGAUUUGAUUUUGCUGUUAAUUGUUUUAUGGUGCACUGCUUUCCAGCUAACACAUUCACCUUUGAGUUAUUGUAUCACUCCAUUGGCUAAAGAAGCCCAGUGCUGACAGUAUUGAAUUAUAAUUAAUUGUGCAUAAUGUAUGUGGUUUUGUAUUAAAUGCAUUUGUAUUUAUUGGGGCUGUGCAUGAAUCUGUGUGCAGCCACAGAGCCUAAUAUCAAAAGGGCAUAUUUAUGAAAGGGAGCCACUUAAAGCAAGGAGAAAUGGGUCUUUACGUCCAUGCGGGCCGCCCAGUUUCCCCUAACGUAACAAGCACCUAAGGCCUAAACUCUUGAAAAGUGCCUCCGAUUCAAUUCUACUAAAGUUCUAUGAUAUUUUAAAUGAACUAAAAUGGAAAAGUGUGAAUUUAAUCUUGUUUUAUGUGAUUGUUCCCACUUUCUCACCACUGCCCGCGUACUUGUAGGUUUUCUGCAUUUUAGUUUCGAAAAUCAAGGAUUGAUUUCAGUUUGGAGAAUCAUGUUGUUUUUAUUUUAAAUUUUUUUUGCCAUUGUCACGUGAAUUACACUGCCUCACAGUUUUGUUUUGUAUACAUUUGAACAAAUCUUAAUUGGUUGAGAAAUAUUUUGAGUGCAAAUCUGCAAAUUUGUUUUGGUGCUCAAGAGUGUUAAAAAUGUGCCCUUAAAUAUGACUUCACAUGCUUGUAUUAACUGUGUAUUAAUUAUUUUUGUGCCAUAUAUGGGAAUGUGUAUACCAAAGAAUUUUAAUAGUGUGGGCAGAAGCUGCAAGACAGAGCUGUGGAAUGUGGGCAAGAUAUUUUUGUUGUUGUUGUUGUUUUUUUUCCCAGCAGCACAUGUUCUUCAAUAAUUUGUUCUUAUGCACAUGAAACACAGCGGGUAUUGAUUUAUUAGCCGCUAUAUUCAGGCAAAAAGCAUAAUCUGUAUACAUUUGCACAGUGCACUCACUUUGUAUGUACAUAUCAUGUAUUGUUGUAUUUGAUUUUUAUGUUUCAAAGUUGAUAAUACAUGUGCAUGUGCCAGAUUUCGAGAGUAGAGAAACAAUGAAAAUAUACCAGAAGCGGCAUGUGUCUGUUUUAUGUGUGGAAGAAAUUGAUGUUUUUUUUUUUAUAAUGGUGAUUUAAAUCAUGAUUAACCGUUACUUAUGAAUGUUUUAAAUGGAAAAUAUCAGAAGAGAUGUGUUUUAUGAGGGUCAGAAUAUAAUUUAAGACAAAAAAAAAAAAAACCUUCUAGUCAUAAACUAUCCGAAUAUAAAGAUGUACGUUUUAUAUUUUAAGUUAAUUUGCACUGCUUCUCAACAACUUGUUUUAAAGCAAACUAUAAUAUUGGCUAAAAUGCUAAACUAUUUCCGUCCCAAUACGAUUUAGUCUUCGACGUAAGUAACAAUUCCCGAUGCGUAGAUGACGGUCCAGUGCAGAUUUGUGAUCGUCUAGCGCCUCCAGCGGCCGCUUCGCGCGCUGACAGCAGGUUUGACGUAGGGCGUGAUUGCGCUCGCGCUCGCGCUCCUCCUCCCCCUCGGCUCCGUCUAUCUGGAAAAAGAAAAAAAAAACUUUUUGUAUCGAAGGAAUCAACAGCCGCCAUCUUGUAUGGGCUCGGAAUCAGGAUUUCGAUAGAGCACUAUUUUUUAUUUUUGGACACGGAGCAUCGAAAUCGAGCUUUGACGACACCGUUCAGCGGACAAUGACACCUUUAUAUCGCCGCGAAGGAAUUUUUGGCGAAAAAUCCUGGAUUUAAUCGGCGUUCGUCGGCCACAAAACCCUCGUAUAUCUAAUUUCCCCUUCAGAGCGGCGCUUGCGUCCGUAUUUCGCUCCGAGCGGUUAUUGUUUACCGGACGCUUUUGGAGGACAGACAGCGCCGAGGAGACUAUUUUGCAAAAAGAUCUCAUUUUUAUGCAACCGUGCAUUUUUACACGGAGCCAGACGAUUUUUGCACGGAAAAAAAUUGACGUCAGAAAAUGGAUCGCGUGCCGUUGCAAAAUUAACGACGCUCGCGCGCGAGGACUCCUGUGGAUAUUUUAUUUGGGAUUUAACGUUGAAUUCGCGGAAAGGAGGCGUUUUCUCUCGGUAAUAUAACGAUGAUAAUGUGGGUGUUGGGUGUUGGAUUAUCAUGGGGUGAAUGGUGGUGGCGACGCGGGGCGCUGUUGCUGCUUUUUUGAGAAAAUUCUCCGCCGAGCCGCUCCACACUCCCCACGUCUUUCAAAAGUAGGUAACAUCUGUUUUUCUGACGAAAGGAUCCUUCACUUUGAAUUUUCCCCCACGACAUUCGGCCAGAAGCUAAUUUUAAUCGCAAUGGCUGAGAAUGUGCUCGAAAGUGGCCCUCCAAGCGCGAAGCGAGCGAAGCUGACGGCACCUGCUCCAGACGCUUCAGAGUUGGGUUCACUUUCCUGGGAUGACCUGGAGAACGAUCUUCCAGAUGAGCUGAUACCUAAUGGAGACCUGGGGAUGAUGUCCAUGUCCUCUAACGGCGGGGCUACAGGUACAGGCAGUCACGGCCCCAUGGUCCCCGAUGCUGCUGCCAAGCACAAGCAGCUCUCCGAGCUCUUACGGCCGGGAAGCAGCGCUGGGUUGAACUUGGCCAGUCCGCAGCCCGGCGGCAUCGGACCUCAGCUGGGUGGGCUUGGAAAGAGUCCCCUGGGCCAGGGCUCCCCUUCCCACCCCUCUCAAACACAGAAACCAGGCGGCACUCCCGGGAUGCAGGGCAAUAACGCCGGCUCAGCUGGCAUGGGACUCGGCACGGGAUUUAACCAGGCCAUGCUGAACAGCGGCAUGAUGGGACAGAAUGCGGCCGGACAGCCAGGUCAGGUGAUCAAUGGGACUCUCGGCUCUGUAGGCCGCGGUCGAGGAGCGCCGGGGAUGCAGUACCAGGGUGCCGGCAUGCAGGUGGCAGCUUCUGUAGGGGCGGGAGGAGCAGCGGGGGCGGCAGCACCAGGAGGAGCGGGGAAUGUCCUGGCAGAGACACUCACACAGGGGGCGCAACAGAUGGGCAUCAACACCCAGCAAGCCGGAAAUAUCAACAAGAUGGGCAUGGCAGGAGGCAACAGUCCAUUCGGUCAGUACCAGGGUGGAGGGCAACAAAUGGGCACGGCUGGUGUGAACGCUCAGAAUAAAGGCGCCCUUCCCAACAGCCUGCCCCAGUUUCCAACUGACCUAAAGGGAGCGAUGGUCACCAGCGUGCCAAACAUGCCCCAGCAGCAGCAGCAGGUGUCGGAGGGGAUGGUGGCAGGUCAGGGCGUGUCCGCGGGCCCCACAGCCGACCCGGAGAAGCGCAAGCUGAUCCAGCAGCAGCUGGUUCUGCUGCUCCACGCCCACAAGUGCCAGCGGCGCGAGCAGGCCAACGGCGAGGUGCGAGCCUGUGCACUGCCCCACUGCAAGACAAUGAAGAACGUCCUCAACCACAUGACGCAUUGCCAGGCCGGCAAAUCCUGCCAAGUGGCUCACUGUGCUUCAUCGAGGCAGAUCAUCUCGCACUGGAAGAACUGCACGAGGCACGACUGUCCCGUCUGCCUCCCGCUGAAGAACGCCAGUGACAAACGCAACCAGCAACCAAUGCUGAGUCCCCCCAACGCUGGUCUGCAGAGCCCUAUCGGGACGGUCGGUACGGGGCAGCAGACGGCGCCCGCUCUGCCCAGCUCCACGCCCAUCGACCCCAGCUCCAUGCAGCGGGCGUACGCUGCCCUCGGCCUCCCCUACAGCAACCAGACCCCCACACAGACGCAGGGCCCCGGGCAGAUGACUGCGCAGACGCCGCAAAUGAGAUCCAUCAACACGCUCGGGGGAGGUCAGAUGAACCCAAUCGGCGUACCGACAUCAGAACAGGCUAAGCUGCUCUCAGAUGGCACCAUGCCGUCAACCCUUAACCCUAACAAUCAGCUGAUGCCGGAUGGCCUUACGGUAGGCAGCAUGAGUAACCUGCCCACAGCGGCCCCUCUGUCAGCCACCGGUGUGAGGAAAGCCUGGCACGAGCACGUCACUCAGGACCUGCGCAACCACCUUGUACACAAACUGGUUCAGGCCAUCUUCCCUACGCCAGACCCUGCCGCCCUGAAGGACCGUCGCAUGGAGAACCUGGUGGCAUAUGCACGAAAAGUGGAAGGGGAUAUGUACGAGUCGGCCAAUAGUAGGGACGAGUACUAUCACUUUCUGGCAGAGAAGAUCUAUAAGAUCCAGAAGGAGCUGGAGGAGAAGAGAAGAUCCCGAUUACAAAAGCAGAUUAUCAACCAGACGCCCAUGACUGCAGCGGGACAACAGCCACCGGCCCUCAACCAGCCUAAUGUCAUGGGACCUCGGCCACAGAAUGGACCCGUGCCUUUGCCCAAUGUGCCAAAUCAGAUCAUCAAUCGCAUGCAGGUGUCUCAAGGGUUGAAUCCAUUCGGCGCAAUGCCCAAUGUGCCGAUGUCUCAGGCUCCCAUGGCAACACGUGCCGCUUCUCCGAUAAACCAUCAACAGAUCAAUAUGAACCAAGUCCCGACGAUGAAUAUGUCUCCCACGCGAAUGCCCCCCACACAAAGCAUGCUGGGAGCUCACGGCGGGAAAAUGGUGGCACAGACGGCCAACCAGACGCAGUUCAUGGCUCAACCGCAGUUCCCCACCAACACCAACGCCAUGAAUGUCAACAUGGGCCAGCCCAAUACGCAGGCGGCCGUUUCACAGCAGCAGCCGAAUGCUAACCUCUCCCUGAAUGCACUUGACCCCUUGGGCCCCCCGCUAGGCUGCCCCGCACCCACUCAGGCUCCACUCCGCGCCACACCGCCCCCCAACGCCACCGCCAGCACCACUAACCUGCCAGCAGCACUGCAGCCCAGUCAGGCCUACACACCCACCCCCGCCCCUGCUCAGGGCACCCCACCUCACAUGCAGCCCCAGACGGAGCUGCCCCUCCCUGCCCAACAGCACCCUGGAACACCGAGCGGUGAAAACCGUGUGCCCACUCCAGCAUCGGCAGCCAGCGCCGAGCUGCACUCCCAGAAUGCCGUGCCUGAUGUACCGCCCAGCAACACUAAAACAGAAGAGCAAGAAUACGACAUAUGCAUCAAAACGGAGCCCAAGAUGGAGACGGAGGACGACACAGGCUCCCUACUGGUCAAAAAGGAGGAGCCGGAGGGGUUGGAGGCUAAGCAGGAGCCAAUGGAGACCGAGGACAAGAAGACAGACUUGAAGAUGGAGACCAAAGAGGAAGAUGAAAGCAAGACGAACGGUACAGCGUCCUCUUCACCGUCUCAGUCACGCAGGAAAAUCUUUAAGCCAGAAGAGUUGCGGCAGGCAUUGAUGCCCACUCUGGAGUCUCUGUACAGGCAAGAUCCAGAGUCUCUGCCCUUCCGGCAGCCUGUGGACCCCUUACUUCUUGGCAUCCCUGACUACUUUGAUAUCGUGAAGAACCCCAUGGACCUGUCCACUAUCAAGCGCAAACUGGACACGGGUCAGUAUCAGGAGCCGUGGCAGUACGUAGAUGACGUGUGGCUGAUGUUCAACAACGCGUGGUUGUACAACAGGAAGACGUCGCGUGUGUACAAGUACUGCUCCAAACUGGCUGAGGUGUUCGAGCAGGAGAUCGACCCCGUCAUGCAGAGCCUCGGUUACUGCUGCGGAAGGAAGUACGAGUUUUCUCCUCAGACACUGUGCUGUUACGGCAAGCAAUUAUGUACAAUACCCCGAGAUGGCACUUAUUACAGUUAUCAGAACAGGUAUCAUUUCUGUGAGAAGUGCUUUAAUGAGAUUCAGGGAGACAGUGUGACACUAGGAGAUGAUCCUGCUCAGCCCCAGACCAUGAUCUCUAAAGACCAGUUUGAAAGGAAGAAAAAUGACACGUUAGAUCCUGAGCCGUUUGUUGAAUGUAAAGAUUGCGGGCGGAAGAUGCAUCAGAUAUGUGUCCUGCAUUAUGAGUCCAUCUGGCCUUUAGGUUUUAUCUGUGAUAACUGUUUGAAAAAGAGCGGGAAGACGAGAAAAGAGAACAAGUUUUCGGCAAAAAAGUUGCAGGCGACGCGGUUAGGCACGUACAUAGAGGAUCGGGUGAACAAGUACUUGAAGAGGCAGAACCAUCCGGAAGCUGGAGAGGUGUUCGUGCGAAUUGUAGCCAGUUCAGAUAAAAUGGUGGAGGUCAAACCUGGCAUGAAGGCAAGGUUUGUAGACACAGGAGAGAUGCCUGAGAGCUUCCCCUACAGAACCAAAGCACUUUUCGCCUUUGAGGAAAUUGAUGGAGUGGACGUGUGUUUCUUCGGCAUGCACGUGCAAGAGUACGGCUCUGAUUGUCCUUUCCCUAAUACCAGACGGGUAUACAUAUCGUAUCUCGAUAGUAUUCACUUCUUCAGACCUCGCAUGCUGAGAACAGCAGUCUAUCAUGAAAUCCUCAUCGGCUAUUUGGAAUACGUCAAGAAGCUUGGAUACGUUACAGCACACAUCUGGGCAUGUCCACCUAGUGAAGGCGAUGACUAUAUUUUCCACUGUCACCCUGCCGACCAGAAAAUCCCAAAACCCAAGCGCCUGCAGGAGUGGUACCGCAAAAUGCUGGACAAGGCCUUUGCUGAGCGGAUUCUGCAUGACUACAAGGACAUCUUUAAGCAAGCCACUGAGGACCGUUUGACGAGUGCAAACGAGCUUUCAUAUUUUGAGGGUGAUUUUUGGCCCAAUGUGUUGGAGGAGAGCAUCAAGGAGUUGGAGCAAGAGGAAGAGGAGAGGAAAAAAGAAGAAAACACGGCAGCUUGUGAAACUCCUGAGGGUACGCCAGGGGACAGUAAGAACGCAAAGAAGAAGAACAACAAGAAAACAAAUAAGAAUAAAAGCAGCGUGAGCCGAGCUAAUAAAAAGAAACCUGGGAUGCCGAAUGUAGCCAAUGAUCUUUCUCAGAAACUCUACGCCACAAUGGAGAAACACAAAGAGGUGUUUUUUGUAAUCCAUCUGCACUCUGGGCCCAUGGUCAAUUCAUUACUACCCAUCGUUGACCCCGAUCCCUUUCUGAACUGCGACCUAAUGGACGGAAGGGACGCCUUCUUGACAUUAGCACGGGAUAAGCACUGGGAGUUCAGCUCUUUGCGGCGCUGCAAGUGGAGCACCAUGUGCAUGCUGGUGGAAUUGCACAACCAGGGCCAUGACCGCUUUGUCUACACUUGCAACGAAUGUAAACACCAUGUCGAGACACGUUGGCACUGUACUGUCUGCGAGGACUUUGACCUGUGCAUUAGUUGCUAUAACACUAAUGGCCAUGAACACCAGAUGGUUAAGUGGGGUCUGGGUCUGGACGAUGAUAACAGUCAAAGCGGCGAGGCCUCCAAGAGUCCUCAGGAGAGUCGGCGUCUAAGCAUCCAGCGUUGCAUCCAGUCUCUGGUGCAUGCCUGCCAGUGCCGCAAUGCCAACUGCUCUCUGCCAUCUUGCCAGAAGAUGAAGCGUGUGGUGCAGCACACCAAGGGCUGCAAACGCAAGACAAACGGUGGCUGUCCGGUGUGCAAGCAGCUCAUUGCGCUCUGCUGCUAUCAUGCCAAGCACUGUCAGGAGAACAAGUGCCCCGUGCCCUUCUGCCUCAAUAUCAAGCACAAACUACGUCAGCAGCAGCUGCAGCACAGGCUCCAGCAGGCGCAGAUGAUGCGGAGACGCAUGGCUACUAUGCAGGGCCGAGCCAUGCCUCAGAGCCUACCAUCACCGCCUGCAUCAACAGCCCCCAGCACGCCCACCUCGCAUCAGCAACCCAACACCCCUCAAACACCACAACUGCUGUCCAACAAACCAACGACUCCCAAUGCGGGUGUCAUGUCCCCGGCCUAUCCCAAUGCGCCCCGCAACGGACAACCCCCUUCUCAAGCUUCACAGGGCAAACCUGGCCCACAAGCUUCCCCGCUUCACCAGCAGCAGUCUCCGCUCCCGCAACCUCCCCAGCAGCAGCAGCCGCCGCAACAACCGCCUCAGCAACAGCCUCCGCCUAUGGCGGUCAAAAUGGCACGGCACAUAGAAAUGGUCGCGCAGGCUCAACACCAACAGAACUAUCGCAUGACCAUGAAUGGCCUUCCUAUGAACCACCAGCAGCCACGCGUGCCAGGCCCAAUGCAGCCACCCAUGCAGCAUGUCGGGCCACGUGGACAACAGGUCAUGCCGCCAAUGCCACAAGGACAGUGGAGUGGAGGCCCUCAGCCAGGCAUGCAAGCGGCUCAGCAGCAGGUUGCUCCGCAACAGACCGCACCGGGCGCUCCGCAGACCAUGCCUAUGCAGAGACCCCCAAUGCCCCAGCAAGCUGCACAGCCACGCAUGAUGGUGCCCACACAGGGUCCACGACUGCAGGCACCCCAGAGACCCGGAGCCAUCGCCCCCAAUGCCUUGCAAGACCUGCUACGCACCCUCAAGUCACCCAGCUCGCCCCAGCAACAGCAGCAGGUGUUGAACAUCCUCAAAUCGAACCCGCAACUCAUGGCCGCCUUCAUCAAACAGAGGACUGCGAAGUACCACGCCAACCAGCCGCAGCAGCAACAAGCGCAACACGGCAUGCAUGCAGCGCAGCCAGCGAUGCAGAACAUGGCAGCCAUACAGGCAGUGCCGCGACCUGGCAUGGCGCCGCAGCAGCAACCGCAACAGCCCGCACCACAAGGCAUGGCAGCUCUUGGAGCGCAGAGUCAGCUCAUGAACCCUGCGCACGCCAACAACCCGCAGCUGCAGGAGUUGUACCGCCGUCAGCUUUUGCGGCAGCAGCAGCAGCAACAACAGCAGCAGCAGGGAGUGAUGCCGCAGGCACAUGGCCAGUUCCCGCAGACACAAGGGACUGCUACCAACUACACGCAACUCCGGGUGCAGCAGCAGCAACAGUUGGCCAUGCAGGGAACAGGCGGACCCAUGGGCCAGCUGCCCCCUAUGGCCCAGAUGGGGAAGGGCGGGAUGGGAAUGGACGGCACAUCCAAUCUCCUGCACCAACGCAUGCUGCAGCAGCAGCAGCUUCCGCAACAGCAGGUCGUCCUCAAGCCUCCAAUGGGCUCACAAGCGCAACCAAGUCCAAUGAGCCCGCAAACUCACCUGCUUUCCGGCCAGCCGCAAGGCGCACACCUUCCCGGCCAACCCAUGGCUAAUGCACUCAGUAAUCAGGUGUGCUCGCCGGCCCCUGUACAGUCGCCCAGACCUCCGUCACGGCAGCUUCCGCCACAUUCCAGUCCUUCCCCACAGGUUCAGCCGCAGCACGCGCCGCCCCACACAGGAUCACCACACCCUGGUCUGACGACGCCCAUGCCUGGCUCCAUGGAGCAGGCACACCUGGGCACACCCGAGCAGAGUGCCAUGCUCCCGCAACUUAAUACGCCCAACCGCGGAGGGCUGCCCAGUGACUUAGGUAUGGUUGGAGACACAACAGGAGACACGCUGGAGAAAUUUGUGGAGGGAUUGUAGCGUUUACUGGGAGACUCCACCCACCACAGUCUCCCCGUUCCUCUUUUUUGUGGCUCUGUUGGUUUUUCUCUAAUAUUCUCAAAUUUUUUGUACUGACAUGUAAAGUUUGAAGAAAUGUAUGGGGGGAAAAAAAGAAUUUGUCUACAAGGAAUAGGAAAUGUUGAUGUUUCCUAAAAACAAAAGACUGAUUUCUUCCUUUUAAGAGGGAUUUGAAAAUUUUUGUUUAAAAGAAAUAUAAAUCACAAAGAAUAUAUUUUUUGUUCAGUUUAGACCUAUGUGUGGUCAAUGUUUUGUUUUAAAUUGUCGUUUUGGUUUUGUUUCGGGGGAGGGUGGUCUGGUUUCAUGCCUUUUCUUUUUUUUUAAGAAAAUUACGAAACUUCAUUAUAUUAUUCAUACCUUUUGAUUUAUACCUUAUCUAACUUUGCAGCAUUUUUGUGUUGGAAGACUGUAAAAUAAUUUGUCUUGUAGUUUGGGUCAGGGUUUCUCUGCUCUGUCUGUCAUCCUUCCUGGCGAUUGUAUUCUAGUGUUGUACCAUUUUUUCAGACAUGCAUUCGGAGGCAUUUCCUCCCUUUCUCAUUGUGAAGUUUGUAUGUAUGAGGAGAACUAUUUGUUUGUAUUGAUAGGAACUGUGCAUACGCAUGUGUGCAGACACACAGAGACAGACACACAUAAGCAUCACUCAGAUAAUACAACACCAACCCCAAGAGGACAUGUACACAUUUACAACAUCUCACUGGCCUGGAUCCAGAGGUUCUGUCUUGCAGAUGUGGAAUAUUGUUGCUUUUUGUCCUAAUUUUGUCAUACAGAUAUAUAAAUAUAAAGAGAGCUAGAGAGAAAGAGGGAGAGAGUGGGGCCCCUAAGCUGAGCGGGAGGGAAUGGGCGAUCACUGGUUGACUGCUAGUUGGAAACACAGAAUGGAUUCUGAUAUUGACCCUCAUUUAUCACACAAACUUGAACAGGGGCUCUACUUUUUCCCUUAAUGUAAAUCGUGCAAGUUAUUAAGCAAAAUACUUUAAAUAUAAGGAAGAGAGAAUGGAAUCACUGUAUAAACUGGUUGAAAAAAACGUAUUUCUUAUAUACCAUAUUGUUAAAUAAACUGUGUGCAA